GAAGGUUCCACCACGUGUGCACCGACGACGUGAUCUCAAACCCACUCCCGCUCCCUUUCCUUUUCAUCUUCUCGAAGUGAAACUCAGACUCCCUCUUUGUAUUUAGUACCGCCACCACCUCCUGUCCCCCUCUUCUCUCCACCACUUUACUUUUAUUUUCUACCCAAAAUACCCCCAAAACCCAACUAAGCCCACUUAACCAUGCCCACCAAUCACCACCCUAACCACCCCCCAGCCCCGGGCGGUGCCUCACACGCUCCUCCACCCAAUGGUGGUGGACCUCCCCGUUCCCUAUCUUCCCCCACCUGGCGCAGGUUAGCCCCAUCCACCGCUCCUUAGAUCUCUAAUUCAGCCGCACACUCCUCCACCUUAUCCUGCGCCGCCCUCCCUCUUACCCUACGCGCCUACCCUCUCUCCUCCCUAAUAAACACCUCAAAUCCCUAAAUCCCCAAUCUCUCCUCCUCCUCCUCCGACUCUUUGCUCAGCCAUGGCUUCCUCCCCUCCCUCCUCCCCACAAGACGGCUCUCUCACUCCUCCUCUCCACUCCGACGGCCCUCCCCACGCCGUCCCCCUCGCCCUCCCCGCCCCUCCCUCCCUCCUCUCCGCCCCGCCGCCGUCCGCCUCCUCCCGCCGCCUCCCCCCGCCGUGCUGGUCCCACGACGAGACCGUCGCGCUCAUCGACUCCUACCGCGACAAGUGGUACUCCCUCCGCCGCGGCAACCUCAAGGCCACCCACUGGCAGGACGUCGCCGACGCAGUCUCUCGCCGCUGCCCCGCCGCCUCCCCGGCCAAGACCGCCGUCCAGUGCCGCCACAAGAUGGAGAAGCUCCGCAAGCGCUACCGCACCGAGAUCCAGAGGGCCAAGUCCAUGCCCUUGUCCCGCUUCACCUCCUCCUGGGUCCACUUCAAGCGCAUGGACGCCAUGGAGAAAGGCCCCGCCGCCUUGAAGAACGAGAACUCCGACAGCGCCGGCGACGACGGCGAGGAGGACAACGACGAGGAGGAGGACCAGGACCAGGAGCUCUAUGAGGAGCUCAGAUAUGGCUCCAAUAUGAAGAGCAUGAGUAAGAUGUAUAGGAAUGGAGUCGGAGUCGGGGUCGGAGUCGGAGUCGGACAGAGUGGCGGGAGCAGUGUUGGUGGCGGCAGUGGUGGCUUUCGGAUUCGGAUUCCGAGUGGAGUUAGUAUAGCGCAGCCUGGGAACAAGGUCUAUCCCAAGAUGGAUGCGAAAUUCGGCAUGAAUUCGCACCCGGGGCCGAGUUAUGCCACUGCUAAGUUAAUGAGGGAGUGUAAUAAUAAUAAUGUAGGGGGGAGAGGCGGUGGGGCGGGGUUGGGGAAGAGGGAGAGGGACCCUGUGGCGGAGAUGGUGUCGGCGAUUAGGGUAUUGGGAGACGGGUUUGUGAGGAUGGAGCAGAUGAAGAUGGAGAUGGCAAGGGAGAUUGAGACUAUGCGGAUGGAGAUGGAGAUGAAGAGGACCGAGAUGAUUUUGGAGUCGCAGCAGAGGAUUGUGGAGGCGUUUGCGAAAGCUGUUUCGGAGAAGAGGAAGAAGGGGAAGAGAAUGCCAUCGCCUGAGGCUUAAAUGAUGAUGGAUUGAUGGUGGGUUGGGGUGGAGAUUCGAUGACAGGGUUGUGCCCGGAUGGGGUUUUGUUGUGUUCGCAGAGUUUCAAGAGUUUUGGGAGAGGUCUUGUGGUGGAGUCUCAAGGUUGAGUGAACUUCCUCCUGUUCAUGGCAGCAGAUGCAGGUCGGUCUUAAUGAUCAAGAGAUGUGUGAGUUUGCUACUUUGUAACUUUGUGUUUAACUCGCUUUCACACCACUUGUUUAAGUGAUAGGAGAAUGUGGAAUUUGGUCACUUUAAUUUUGGAUGAUUGUAGCUUAAUCUCUGUAGUAUCAUGUAGUACUGGAAAGUUUGUAGAAUAGUUAUUCUGUUGCUAUCUUAGUUUAAUGCAUAGUAACUUUAGCUGUUUGAUCUUGAAGUUCCUUGUGCCAACUUGAUUCUUUAUCUUUUGCAUUAGAAUUAUUGGUUUAUGGAAGUUGAG